AUGUCUUACACCGUCCGCAAGAUCGGCCAGGCCAACACCCUGGAGCACCGUGUUUAUAUCGAGAAGGAUGGCGUUCCCGUUUCUCCCUUCCACGAUAUUCCUCUUUACGCCAAUGCUGAGCGCACCGUCCUCAACAUGGUUGUUGAGAUCCCCCGCUGGACCAACGCCAAGCAGGAGAUCUCCAAGGAGGAGUUCCUGAACCCCAUCAAGCAGGACGUCAAGAAGGGCAAGCUCCGUUACGUUCGUAACUGCUUCCCCCACAAGGGUUACCUCUGGAACUACGGUGCCUUCCCCCAGACCUGGGAAGACCCCAACGUUGUGCACCCCGAGACCAAGGCCAAGGGUGACAACGACCCGCUCGACGUUUGCGAGAUCGGAGAGCUCGUUGGCUACACCGGUCAGGUUAAGCAGGUCAAGGUCCUCGGUGUGAUGGCUCUGCUUGAUGAGGAGGAGACCGACUGGAAGAUCAUUGUUAUCGAUAUCAAAGACCCUCUGGCCGCCAAGCUCCACGACGUUGAGGAUGUUGAGCGUCACCUUCCUGGUCUGCUGCGUGCCACCAACGAGUGGUUCCGCAUCUACAAGAUCCCCGACGGCAAGCCCGAGAACCAGUUCGCCUUCUCCGGCGAGUGCAAGAACAAGAAGUACGCCGAAGAGGUCAUCCGCGAGUGCGCCGAUGCCUGGGAGAAGCUCAUGUCUGGCAAGAGCCCCCGUGGCGAGAUCAGCCUUGCUAACUCCUCCCUUGAGGGUUCCCCUGAGCGCACUGAUGCCUCCCAGCUUGCCGCCCUUCCCCGGGGUGAGGACCUGCCUCCUGCUCCCAUCGAUGGCAGCGUUGACAAGUGGUUCUUCAUCUCUGGUGCUGCUGUCUAA